AUGCCAUUGGCCAGAUUACCACCACGUCACACUCCGGACAUGAUGACUUUCUUGGCAACUUACGAGAUCGGAAAAGCAAAAUCACUAAUCAAGGACGAGGAUAUCAUGACCAAGGUCAAGGAGAGAUGCGAGAAGACAAACCGAGAUUAUCUCGCUAAUCCGUCAGCAUUAUUCACACAGCAGCUGAAGAUGGACCUUUCGCAGAUAACGGAUUUCACGAGUUUUUGGGUCGUGGAGCGAUCACGGAUGACGAUUACGUAG